ACCCCCCUACCUCCGCCCACCACCCACUCUACCCACGACCACCACCCACCAGCAACCGCUGCCAACCGGCACUACCGUGGGACGUGCACUUCCGUUUGGUCUGAGGGCAGAGUGCGCCGUACACCGACUCCCACAAGCACCCCGCGACGCCGAGCCCACAGCCACCGUACACGACCGGCGAACCACCCCACGCCCACUGACGACAAACUACCGUCACCCAGAACUCCCAUUCUUGUACCAAGUAGGCUUCCACUCUUGACGCUUGUGGGUACCUUAGGUUUUCGGAGAGAGAGAAAUGGAUCCCAAAGCAGUGAAAUCGACGCUGUCGAACUUAGCAUUUGGGAAUGUGAUGGCAGCCGCUGCUCGUGAUUAUCAGAAGGAAUUGCUUUCUCAAGAUAAGGCACAGGCGUCAAGUUCUAUUAACCAGGAGGUCGACCUUGAUGAGUUGAUGGACGAUCCUGAGCUGGAAAAGUUGCAUGCCGAUAGGAUUGCGGCUCUCAAGAAAGAAGCUGAAAAGCGGGAAGCAUUAACGAAGCAAGGGCAUGGAGAAUACAGGGAGGUUACUGAGGGAGAUUUCUUGGGCGAAGUUACUGGUAGUGAAAAAGUUAUUUGUCAAUUCUAUCAUCAAGAGUUCUAUCGCUGCAAGAUAAUGGAUAAGCAUUUGAAGUCUCUUGCACCAAGACAUCUCGAUGCAAAGUUCAUCAAACUGAAUGCAGAGAAUGCACCCUUCUUCGUUGCCAAACUAGGAGUCAAGACUUUGCCUUGUGUCAUAUUGUUCAGAAAAGGAAUUGCAGUAGAUAGGCUGGUUGGGUUUCAAGAUCUGGGAGGAAAAGAUGAUUUCACCACAAAGGCGCUUGAGGUCCUACUAAUAAAGAAAGGUAUUAUAAGUGAGAAGAAAGAAGAUGAAGAUGGCGAAGAUGAUGGAUGCCAUGAAAAUAGGUGCAUAUCAGUGAGAUCCUCUUUCAAUCCUGAUUCUGAUUCCGAGUGAAGAUGGAACAAUUGGAGCUUUCUAGCUGUAUUCUCAUUUUUAGGCCAUUUGGGUGAGAGAGAAAGAGGGAGGGAUGGGAGCUGGAUUUGAGACGCUUUUUAAAUGCAUGCUUUUGUUUGUUAUUGUCAUCUAAACUAAUGUGCAUUUAUCCCAACAGAUUCCUUGUGCACAAGUGAUGCUAGAUAGGAACUUCAGGCAUUUACAUGACUGUUGAGUGCCAUGUUUGAGCAGCUUGUCUAACCGACAUGGUCAAUAGCUGAUAAUACUACUUGAUCCAGAGCACAUUUGAUUGAUCAAAUA